AUGCCAGCUACCACUGCUAACGGAGUGGAUAUUCAAUCCGAGCCCACAACCACAGCUAAGAUGAACAACUCCGAAUCAACUACGUCGAAUACAGAUACACAAGCACCGGCAGAUGCACAGGAAUCAGCAAAGGCAACAGAGGAUAAUAAGGAAGCUGUACAGCCAUCAAUGCAAAAUACACUUGACGAGUUGUCGUUCUUCUUAACCAAUGCCAAUUCACAGCUACGUGCCCUGGCCUGCACUAAUAUG